UCAGUCAUAACCUAAGAAAAAGUGAAUUCUGCGAAUUCUGUUUGGAGGUUUUUCACAGAAGAAUUUCUUGAAGAAAUCGGCGAAAUUACCGUGAAAAUGCAGAAUCAAAUUAUUAAGAACAUCUUCACAAAGUUCCAGGAGAGUCUCAACAAGGAACAGGAGCUACGAGAGGAAAUUCGUAUAAUUGUGCGGGAAAUUGAUCAGUCAGCUAAGGAGGCAGCUAUUGCACUCCAGAUCAUGCACACAAGCAUCGCAGGAAUUUCACAGGGCUGCCUGAAAGCCCGGGAACAUUUUGCUGUGUGCCAAAAGGGGUACAGAAAGCUGGCAGAAAUUGUUCCAGCUGGGCAGUACUAUCGCUACUCAGAUCACUGGCACUACCUCACGCAGAAGCUUGUCUCACUCGUGGCACUCACAGUUUACUUGGAGGCGGGAUUUCUCGUGGCCAGAGAGACUGUUGGGGAAGUUCUUGGCUUAGAACUAACACAGGCCAAUGGAUUCCACCUUGAAUUGGAGGAUUACCUCAUUGGUGUCCUGCAAAUGGUUACCGAAUUGGCGCGAUUUGCCGUGAAUUCCGUCACUCUCGGUGACUACCAGCGUCCCUUGAUGAUCUCACGCUUUGUGGCAGACAUCAAUGCCGGCUACAGGCUACUCAACUUGAAGAAUGAUGGACUCAGGAAGCGUUUCGAUGCCCUCAAGUAUGACGUGAAGAAGAUCGAGGAGAUUGUCUACGACGUGAGUAUCCGUGGACUUGUUCGUGAUGCAGCUCCACCGCCUCCAGCAGUGGAUGCAGCUGCAGCAGAUGGUGCGGAGGAAGCAAAGGAAAUGAAGGAGUAGGAUGACUUCCUUUCUUUUCGAGCUGAUUUGUGGGAUUAGGCCUCCCACGCAGCCACACUUCAUUUAAACAGCAGCAGGUCAAACUUUCCAAUAUUCCUUUCUUUUUUUAAUAAAUCUUGUGACAUGAAUUUAAUUAAGUAGCAAUGUGAAUUAAUUAUAUUGCCUCUGUGGUAGAAAUAUUUGUGAAAUAAAUAUUCAAGAUAAAAAUCCUCCACGGAGGAUUUUUUAAUGAA